UAUGUCGCACUGGCACAUGUAUUUCUGAACUAAUAAUUCCACUGUGUAGUAGCUUUAAUUACGACUGUAGGAUUUUAAAAAGAAAAAUAUUUUCGCCUGUGUUUUGUGUUUAUGUAGUGCAUUUAUAUUUAGUUAAAAUGAAAAUUUUACAGAUUUACUUUGUGAAUUGGUUUGCCUUGGGAUAUGUCACGGCACAAAUCGAUACACACUUCAAUUUCACAUAUAACAUGGCAUCGUAUUGCAAAGAACAUCUUUGUCAACAUGGCUACAGCUACGAAGUUUUCUAUCAAGUUAACGCAGAAGAUAGGAAGAUGGUAAAAUCUGAUCCCAGUAUAGCAUAUGAAAUGCAUAUCGCAAUAUUGGCAGCCAGUAAUGGGCAUAUUCUCCUGUCUACUGUACCAAAUCCUGAUACAAGUGAUCCUGUUUAUGAGAUUGUCGUUGGUGGAGGCGGUAAUAGAUUCACGGAACUUCGUGCAAACCUAAAAAGAAAUGCUAAAGCAUCAGCAAAAACACUCCAAAUUUUGUCUCCUAUUGAAUUCAGGGCAUUUUAUAUUAAGAUUACUGAAGAUGGUCUAAUUGAAUUUGGAGUUGAAGGUGAGGUAUUGCCAAUCAUUAGCUAUCAGGACAUGAACCCAAUCACUGUCAGAUAUUUUAGUUUUGCUGCAUGGUCUGGAGUGGAAGCAAAAUUCCUCUAUGAUUGUCCUAUUCCAACGACUAAUGGCACUGUGGCAACACCUGAUUCACAAGCAGUGGAACCAAAAUUAUCGAAUUCAGAGGAGUUGAAAAGAACUUUGUUACUUGGCAAAGACCCUGGUAUGCCACCAGGACCCGAUAUUACUGUAAAUUUAGGUGUUAGAGUUACUAGUGUGAUGUAUGAUGCGUUUACUUCGAAAUUGACCACCGGAAUAUCUGUUUUAAGGAAGUGGACUGAUAAUAGUUUGGCUUGGAAUCCAAAUAGAUUCAAUGAAAUCGAUCGACUUUCUUUUAGGCAAGGACAAAUAUGGAGCCCAGCAUUAUCUGUGUUCAACUCAGAUAGCAUUAAUAUGCUUGACGACAGAAACCCUGAAUUGAUAUCAAUGGACAACAGCGGUACUGCAAUCCUACACAUGAGAACUACAACUGACACUUGGUGCUUCGACUAUGAGAAUACUGUUACAAAGUGGCCACGUGACAAAUAUGAAUGCGCUAUAGUCAUUGAACUUUGGGAAGUUCAUGAAAAAGUUACAUUGAAUCUACUCAACCCUUCGACAAGCUAUGAAAUGGAAAUAAUGACAGGUAUAGAUGAAGAUAUUAAAAACGCUUGGGAAGUUACGACUAAGCAGAAUAUCGUAGAUGCUGCGGCAUGGAAGAAGACGUACUCAGUCAAAGAUAAUUACACGCGCCAAAGUGACAGAUUAGUAAUAAACGUUACAUUGCAACGUAGGGCAGCUGUUUAUAAUAUUGUAUUUUACACACCUUUACUUGUUCUAGUUACAUUUGUGCUGCUCUCAUUUUGGAGUGAACCUUUAAGCAUGAAGCGAGUUUGGUUUUACGCCGGUUGCAGCGUUGUUAUUUGCAUGGGACUAUGUUAUAUUGACGUUUUGGUUCCUUGUCAUACCAUUCCUUCCAUUUUGAUCCUAUAUGUUGCUAUUUUAUUUGGAGUUCUCUUGGCUAUGUUAAUUCACAUGGCGUUAAUGACUUCCGUAGCCAAAGGCAUAUGCAAAACUGCCAUAGUUCAGAGCAUCUUAACUUCAUAUUAUUUUAGAAGUUUAUUCUGCUUGGCGCCCUUAAAGGUAUGCCACAUAUACGAAAGCGUGAAUGAAGGUUAUGACACUGAUGAAGUGGAACCUUCGAGAAAUAGUAACUUAGAAGAAAUGGAAAGUGAAAAGGAUGAAUACAACGAGUGCAAAGAUCUAGCUGAGGCCAUGGAUAAAACAAUGUUUGUCAUCUACUCCUUAGCAUUUUCUUUUAUGCUGGCGUUGCAUUUUUAACGUUUUGCUGUUAUUGUGAUUGGUUUGUAAGGUAAUUGUAAUGUGGUGGAAAACCAAAAUCCGUGAUUCUUGAGCUAAUAUGGACAAUAUUUUGGAGAUUUUUCUGGCGAUAAUUUAAUCUAAAAUCAUGACAAAAAUAAUAUUUUUAUAUUACAUUUUAUAUAAGAAAAGGCAAAUAAGAAAUUUGGUUGUGUCGAUGAAUGUCUCCUUGAAUGUUGUCGUACAACAUUCAAGGAGCUGAACGUUGAGUUUCCAGAUUUAUAUUUCGAUUUAAGUUAGUUUUUAACAACUUCCCUGGCGCAGCAGCACUGUCAUAGAUGUGCUGCAAGCAAUUUAGUACGAAAAAACUGAACCAACUGAAAAUUGCAUGGGUUUAAUAUAACUGCCAUUUCCAUAACCAGUUGGACCUCUACCAUCUUCGAUUGCAUCUCUUAUCUACCUAAACUUAAUAUAAACCUCGAUUUAGUAUUAUGUUACCGGAAGCAAAACUGUUAGAGGAUAAAUUCUCAACAUUAAAUUAAUUACCGCUAUAAAGUUUUUAACGGACAAGAUCUUUUUCCAGACCAGUGGUUGCUUUGAAGUUUUAAAGGCCAUAACGAGUUAAUGCGAUCAAAGCCAAAUUAAAAUAGUGAGUUUAAAUUUUGUCUAGCUUAACUUGGGCACUGAUGCAAGAAAAUCUUGUUAAAAUAUUUAAAAAAUCUAAAUAUUUUUUUGUAC